AUGCCACCAACAGGAAGUAAACGACCGUUCUCCGGCUCCGGUUCCGGGCCCCAUCGUACCGGCCCAAGGCCUCAAUCCCACAAUCCCCAACAGCUGCAACAACCAGCUCCAACAGGUCCCUACAUCUCGAUGUUUACAGAAUUCCGUAACGAACUAGACGAACACCAAGACCGUCGAGAACGGAUCAUAAAAGCUAGUCGUGACAUUACAGCUGCUAGUAAGAAGAUUAUCUUCUCCCUCCAGCGUCUCCGCCCUACAACAUUACCACUCACCACUUCACUCCCCCAAAACAUCAACAAUGAGAUCUUACAAUACGAAUCUAAAAUCCAAGAUCUUCUGGCAUCGAUAAUUCCCGAUCUUCAGGGUCUGGACGGUCCCAGGUGGCAACGACAGAUCUCGCCGGGAUUACAAGAAUACAUUGAAGCCAUCGGAUUCCGUCAUUAUCUUCUUAAAAGAAAGGUUAUGGAAUGGGAGGAGGCGGAUUGGUAUGUCAGCGGGCUACACGGCGAUGAAAUUCUGGGAAGGAAGAAAAAGAGUGAGGAAGUGAAGGAAGAUGUGGAGAUGAUUGAUGUUGUUUCGACGCAGCCAAUUGAGACUUCUUCCACAGCGGAAGGUGGAAGUGAAAAGAAAGAAGAAGAAAAGAAGGAUCUCAAGGGUAUUCAGUUAACAAAGGAAGAUUAUGUCCUUGGAUUAUACGACAUGACCGGCGAAAUGAUGCGUUUUGCUAUCACAAGCGUUGCUACUACGCCGUUAGCCCAGCUGCUAGGUGCUGCCAAGGAUUCUGCCGAUGGGAAGGCCGUGAGUACGCCACAAUGCUUGUUGCAAGAUCUUCGGACGCUACAGUCGGCAUUCGAAGGAUUGGAUGUGGGCUUUACAGCAUUCGGGAAAGAUGCGGAUAAGAAGUUAAGGGUUAUGCAGGAUUCUGUCAAGAAGGUCGAAUACGCGUUUUAUGGCAUGGUUGUCAGAGGUAGUGAGAGGCCCGAAGGAUGGGUCGCUGAUUUUGACGCCGGAGGUAGCGGUGGCGGCGGCGGUGAUAACGAGUAA